AUGUUUGUCACAGAAACAAUGAACGGCGCCAUCGCGCACGCGUCGAACCACACCACGAUGGAAGACUCGAACAGCUCGUCGAGCGAGCCGCUGGCGAUGACGUCACGGCGCGUCCACGGCCGGCUCGUGACGUCACUGGCGCGCGACGACAGCGGGGACGACUCGUGGGACAGCGACGCGCCGCUGCACGUGCACAGCAAAGGCAAGGGCGUGGGCAAAAAAAGCAAGAGUAGCCGGACGAGCCCCGAGGCGGGGCCCAGCACCGCGCCCGACGAGGUCUUGCUGCCAGAAUACUCCCCGCCCCGCAACGGCAUCGACUCGGACUACCACGAAGACCACCUGGCGACGCGGACCGCGUCUCACGCUGCGGCGGCUCCGGCCAUCGCGGCGGCGGGGUACUCGUCGGACAGCCUGGACCCCACCGACUGCCACAUCGAGGUGCUCGAGGAGGAGCUGCUCGAGGAAGAGGUCCAGCUGACGUACAGUCCGCAGCACUCGGCGGACUCCGACAUGCCGAAGGUCUGCCUUGUCCGACUUGGCACUGAGCAGCUUCAGCCGCAAACGAGAUUGGUAACGCGAGCCGUUGUGUCGUGUCCGCAGAGCGCGCGCAAGCGGCGCCUGCGCAGCUCCAACUCGGGCGCGUCGGAGCGCAGCGCGCGCGCGCGCCGGCGGCGGCGCGGGGGCAGGGAGCGCCCGCCCAAGCGGCUGCGCGAGCGCUUCACCGAAGGGUCCUCCACGUCGUCGUCGUCGUCGGACUCGGAGGGCGGCGGCGACUCGCUGCGGCGCUACGAGUCGGACCGGUCGUACAAGCCGCGGUACUCCACGGACGACGACGCGCCGCUCAACACCUACCGGCAAAGGCAGGAGGCGAGCGAUGUGGCCGGCCCCUCGGGCAGCACUCGGCGGACGCACAACGGACAUGCCAAGAGAGGCGUGUCGCUGCGCGCGCGCCGCAGCCCGCGGCGCUACAACGAGGACAGCGAGGAGGACUCGGUGGCCGCCAUCAGCAAGCGCCAGAACCACCACCACCACCGGCUGCACAACCACCGCCAGCUGGCCACCCGCCGCCAGAGGCACGCCGCACAGGUACGCGGCUUCUCCGCCAUUGAGCCGGUCUAUCCGUCUCCACUGCAGCCAAUAUCGCAAUUAGGAUGCACGUUCACACUAGACCGUUACGUGAGCCAAUUCAAUGCACGUGUUGAAAAGUUAGAGCUCGUUCUAAUUUACAUUGUCUGUGUCACUCUGGACAGUGCCGCGUCGAUUGGCCCAACGUAAACCGUCCUUUAAAGUACUGUCCAGGGCGACGUAUUCUGGAUUUAGGAGAUCACAUUUUAAGGUCGUGACAUUUUUAUCAAUGAGCUAUAAUCAUU